UCGCUUCGAGAGAGAUAGGCGAAGAUGAGGAGCUCCUUGUACAGCCAGAAGACCACAUCCAUGAACCGGUCCAGCAGGAAUGGCCCAAGGAUCCGGACCCCCUCCCCGGCACCCCCAGAGGCCCGAGUGUCUGAGAAGGAGGAGAUGCAACAGCUCAACGGUUGCCUGGCCGGCUACAUUGACAAGGUGAAGGGCCUGGAGCAGCGCAACUCCCAGCUGAGGGAAGAGCUGGCAGGCCUGAAGGCCCAGCCCAAGGCGCCCCAGGGAAUAGGGGAUGAGUAUCAACAGCAGUUUAAGGAGCUGAGGGAGCUGAUUGAGCAAUUCACUCAUGAGAAAGGGCUUGCUGAGAUCGAGAUGGGCAACACCAAGGAGGAGGCCAACCUCUGGAGGCUGAAAUGUCUCGAGCAGCUCGACCAUCAAGAUGAAGCAGAGAGGAUCCUAAAGGAGUUCCAGAAGGACAUGGAUGAUGCCUCUUUUCAAAAAGCUGAUCUGGAGAGGACUAUCGAGCAGCUUGUGGCAGAGAUUGACUUCCUGAGAAAGUUGCACGAGGAUGAAGUUGCUGACUUGGUCCGGCAAAUCGAAGAGUCCAAAGUUUCAGUGGAACUGGAUUCUACCCGUCCAGAUUUGGGAGCUGCCUUGCGUUCCGUGAGGGCACAGAUGGAAGAGAUUUCUGCCAAGAACCUCAAGGAAGUGGAGGCUUGGUACAAGACCAAGUUCGACAGCCUCCGGCAGCACGCUACCAAAUACGACCACCAGAUCCAGAGCACAAAGGACGAGCUCAGCGUCCUGCAGCAGCACUUGGUGGAUUUGGAAAACGAGAUUGGUACCCUAAGGAGUACCAUCCAGAAUCUGGAGAACCAGCUGGAGGGCACGGAGGCCAGCCACCUAGAGAAAGUGGUGAGUCUGCAAGGUGUCAUUGCCCAACUGGAAUUCCAACUGGGAGAAACCAAAACUGAGAUGGCACAAUACCUUCAGGAAUACCAGCAACUGCUGAACGUCAAGGUGACGCUGGAUGCUGAGAUCGCCACCUACAGGAAACUGCUGGAAGCAGAGGAGGACAGGCUGGGAUUAUUAAGCGAGGACUCCAUAGGUGCUUCCUCUGUUAUAAGAGAGGGGAAAGUAGAAUCUGUUACUAGUAACAUGGAAACGCGUGCAGCUCACAGUGUGAUUGCCUAAAAGAAGACAAAGAGAGUCAUGAGAGACACCUUCUGUGUGUCAGAUAAAGCAAAACGCAUCCAGCAUUACUAUCAUUGCAUUCAAGCAAUGACAAAACAAUGAGGUUUUCUGAACAAUGCAUACAGGAGUUGUUUAAUAAUUUCAAAUUGUAUUGAUCAUGAAGUAUGAUCCGGUGCGUCAUGAUGUAAAACAAAUACUGCAACAAUUUGGCAGAAUCCAUAUUGUACCAAUAAAGCUUAAUGUGAUAGCACAA